UCUGCCGUUUGGAGGAGUGUGACAGCUACUUACCCUCAACAAAAGUAUGCUUUAAAGAAGAGUCCCGAGUCGCCAUGGACAACUGUGAUUUGGAGAAGCUCGCUGUUUCUGCUGGGAAGAUCCGUCCAGCCUUCACGCCUGAAGUCACAGACUACAAAGUGAAAGUGGAGAGCAGUGUCAAUGAAGUGACUCUGGACGUGGUGACAAGCGACUGUGGGGCUUCAUACAGUAUCCUCUUGGGUGAAGGGUCUAGCACCAUUAAACUGAAAGACGGGGUUAACAAAAUAGAAAUCGAGGUGGUAGCUGAGGAUGGAACCAUAAAGAAAUACAGUGUGGAAAUCAUCAAACUGUCAGCAAAGGUCGCAGAGCUCAGUAAUCUGGCUUUGGAAAGAAAUAUUUCACUUCAUCCUGCGUUUUGUACCAAAGUUUUUGAAUACAAUAGUAUUGUUCCUUUUUAUUGUAAUUCAGUGACACUGCUUCCUGAAGUGCCUGACAGAGGCAUUAAAGUUGCAGUAAAUGGAGUGAGCAGCUCGCAACCAGUCCCUCUGAAUUUUGGAGACACAGUGAUGGAGAUUUCAGUCCGUUCACCAGAUGGCAGUAUUUCACAGGUGUACACAGUGCUGGUGACUCGAGAGCUGAUUCCUGUGCCUUUGACCUUCACUGAUCUGAAACAACAGCUGGACUAUGAAUGUCCAGUAUCCCUAAGUGCUUUCUACAGGCCUGUGUCUAUCAGUCACAGGGUGUGACGGUGUAAUGAAACUGUCUGAGCUUGGGUCACACAUUCUGGACUGUUUACAUAAACCUACAGGGGACCUGGAUGCAAAGGAUGUAACAGAGACAGAUUGGUAUAAGAAUCACUUUGAAUCAGGCAAAUGCCGUGAGAUAGAGACCAAGCACAUCUACGAGAUGCGUAACUGGGAGAAAAGACUACAAAUAACAGCAGAAGAAGACAGCGUGGACAAGCUGUGUGCUUUGGCCCAGGAGCACCUUAAACUCUACAGGCAGCAUCUGCCAAAGCCAGGCAUGUAGCACUUUACAAAGCAAUAGUGUAGGACCACUACUGGUUUAAAAGCUAGUCAUCUAUCAAAGUCUGUUGACAACAAAUACUACACUGAAACAGUGGUACAACUUAAUUU